AGCGCUUGGGAGGCGGAGCCUUGUGCAGGCGCAGAUCCGGAUACAACCCGUUCGAACCGGCCGCCUGCUUUCUUCCUUGGUCGCCGCGAGACCCGCAAUACUUCCUUGCAGACCGUUCGGCCGCCGGAGCCUCCUCGCGCUCACUGAAUAUGGCUCGAGGACAUCAGAAGAUUCAAUCACAACAAAAAAAUGCAAAGAAACAGGCAGAAGCAAAGAAGAAACAAGGACAUGAUCAGAAGGCAGCAGCCAAAGCUGCCCUAGUUUUCACCUGUUUGGUCUGUAGGACUCAGAUGCCAGACCCAAAAACAUUUAAACAGCACUUUGAGAGCAAGCAUCCGAAGGUUCCCCUCCCACCAGAGCUGGUUGGUGUGGAGGCGUAAACUGUCAGAUUUCAUCUGAACAGACUGUUUUCUCCAUAUGAGCGAUUUUUAUCAGACAGGGGCUCUAGAAACAUCCAUAUUUUUAUGCUGUUCCCUUCAUGUGGUUCAUACAAAAACCUAUGUAAAUGUACAGUUAUUUACUAAUUUGUAAAUCGCAAGUCAGGCAAUUCACACAAAUUUUUACAGUUGUAAUUAUAUUAAUUUGAUGUCCAUAAUGUGUAUAAUUUGUUCAAUAAAAGUAAUACCUUGGUUUUAAA